GACGAGCGCUAAAGUUGAACAAAACAAGCAGGGCUGUAGGUGCGAAUUGCUAUCUUGUUUAUGAACUCAAAUAACAGACAGAAUGACUGUACAUCAAACACAGUGUGCGUCUGACUUGUCUGUGUUCCCACAUCAUAGUGUUUCUCAAGACGUAGGCUGCGAACAGUUUGAUCAUAGUAACCAUACUUCCUCUUUUGUGGCUAGUUGCUAUGGUAAGACUUCCCUUCCAGGCAGGAAGUGACAGGAAGUCCAAAGUGAUGAGUUUUUGAGUGUGUUUGUGUGUGUGUGACAGAGUGUGCAUCAUAUUUAGGGUGGAGCACUUCACUGUGUCCCUUAACAGUGUUCACAUCGCAUAAGACUUCAGCUUUUAGUCUGGUGAGUGGGCCACCAUGGCGAAGAACUGCAACUCUCUAGGGAUUCCUGUUGGUCACAUGAGUCAGGCAGUGUCGGACGGAGAGUUGAACAUGUCUGCGCGGGGCUGUGGAGGCAGCAGCUCCAGCCUUCCUGGUACUCCGGGCGGAGAGGCCGACGUGGCCAACAGUGUGCUGAGCUGGGCCGUCUCAUUUGAAAAGCUGUUGGAGGAUCCCUGCGGUGUCCGCUACUUUACGGCCUUUUUAAAGUCUGAGGUGAGUGCGGAGAACAUUUUAUUCUGGCAGGCCUGUGAAAAGUUCAGGAAGAUUCCAGUCACAUCCUUGGAUGAGCUGAAGGUGGUAGCUCAGUCCAUCUAUAACACGUACCUGUCUGACAGUGCACCCUACUGCGUUAACAUUGACGACACAGCCAAGACAGAGGAGAAAGACCUUGAACAACCCACACCGGAUAUGUUUAAUAAGGCACAGUCACAGAUAUUUAAACUGAUGAAGAUGGACAGCUAUCGGCGCUUUGUGCGCUCUCCCCUCUACCAGAGUUGCACCUUGGCUAGUGUUGCAGGCAAACUUCUACCCCAGCUCUCGUCAGAGCCGGUCCUCAUGGGAUCCUGGGAUAACAUGACCAGAAGCUCCUCCAUAAGUGACAUGAAGAACAAGAAGUCAGACUCUAACAGCUUGCCGGGUGGAAAGAGUGCAGAGAAACAGCGGCAGAAAAGAGGAUCCUGGGGAGAAAUAGAUGCCUCUACAGUCAAUGUUUUGGUAUCCCGGAAAGAGUCUCACAUAUCAAUCAAGUCAACGAGUAGUGUGGAGCUGGGCUCCCUCUGCAGGCAGAUGGAGAAUGGGCGAUCCUCAGACGGUGGACGGGCACGAUUGGAUCUAGAGGGGGGCUACUGCUGUGUCUAUCUACCUGAUGGCAGUGCCUCCCUGGCCCCAACACGCCCAGGUUUGCCCAUCAAAGACAUGCUGGCUGGUCUGUGUGAGAAGAGAGGCUUCCCACUGAAAGAUGUCAUCAUUUACUUGCACGGCAAGGACAAGCAACCCUUGUUACUGGACCAGGACUGCUCCGUACUGAGAGAUCAGCAGGUCUCUCUAGAGCUCAGGGUGACGUUUGCGCUGGAGAUUGCUUUCACUGGUAAGACAGUUGGGAUUAUGGUGAAGUCGAGUAAGACACUGCAGGAAGCCCUGUCUGCAGUCCUGCAAAAACACCAUCUUAAGCCACAAGAAGUCGUACUCACCAUGGUUGGAAGUCAUGAGCCAGUGAACACGAGCGCCACUGUGUUCAGACUGGCCAAUAAGACGCUACGCCUCGACAAAGCCAAAGGAAAAGAACAAACCAUAACUUCCAAAAGCAGCGGGACUACUGCAAGCACACAGGUUGGAGCAGCGAGUGCAGGUGGUGUGGAGACCCUACCGUCCUCGCAGACGGACAGAACCAAGACUCAGCCCAAGCCCAGUAAGAACCGCGACAUGGAUGGGUUUAUUGACAUGCUCUCCAGAGCUCAGUGCCACAGGGUUGAUGACCAACGAGGUCUUCUGACUAAAGAGCAGCUGGAGGUCCCCCUGUUUCUGCAGCUGCCCCCAGACCAGGGACAGGAUGCGAAGCCAGAUGAGACCAGCUCAUCCACCACAGAAUCCAAACAGGACUCGUCUGAGAAGGCGUCGUCACCCACAACUUCAGAUGGAACCGUUGAGGAAACCCGUGAGUCUACAUCUGAAUCCAAAGACUUGAGGGAAACUGCAGUCUGAAAGAUGGACAAAGAUUUAAUCAGAAACAAAUGUCUCUCAAACAUCAUGUUGAUAAGCAUGUCAAAGGACAAAACUAAAUUUUAGAAUUAAAAAAAAAAAAAGCACUUUUUUGUAUUGUUUACACAUAAGCUCAGCGGUACGAGAAUUAACUGAUGAGGAGGAAUGUAAAGAAGGUCAUGGCAAUCAUUUAGUGUCAUUUUUAACACUACACAAGCCAAAUGUUUGCUAUGAAAUGUUUAAUGUACAAUUAUGUCUCACCAUUUUAAAGAAGUUUUAGCUCAGUAUUUCAACCUGAAUUUAACUUGUGUAGAAUAAUUUUCCCUGGUGUCAAAUGUUGAAAAGUUUGAGUAGCAGGACAUUGCUUUUAACUCACAUUAGUUGCUUUUCUGUUGACUUAAAGCAAAACACAUAUUAUGAACAGGAACCAUUGACUGUCCAGAAUGGUUGUAAAAGUGUAUUGCACGUUUUUGUUUCUUUUGACGACUGAGUUUUGAAAAUGUAAAUUAAUUGUAUAUUUUAUUUUGUGUGCUUAAUUGCUGUUGUCAGGUUUGUUUAUUGUACUGUACAUAAGUGCAUUCUGUUUGCUGUGAUGGUGCUUUGAUAACCCCUGGUCAAGCUCUGUUUUUCCUCUCACUUCAGACCCCACCUCAAGGUCCAGAUCAGUAAUUACAAAUGUGACGUUAAAGGGAGUGAAUCAAAUCCACUUCUCACAGGUUGUAUCCAAAGAAUUAAAGUGUUUUAUGUUGAGAUGUGAUCCUCUGGUCUGAAUUUCUUUCUGGGAAUAGAUGUCAGAUCCCCACUAUUUUACCCUCAGUCAGGAAUUUUUUUGGAUGGAUCACUGAGGUCGGGUUCUGCCUUGACAUUUGCUACGUGAUUUGAUUUUAUAUGUGGUGCAGCCGGAGCUCAUAUCCCCAGCGGGUUGAGAGUAUGACUCAUGCAGUUUAAAGCAAGUCAAAUCCAUUUAUGUACAGGUGUCAGUUGGAACCGGCUUCCAUUGUAUUUCCUAUAUAUGUGAAGUCGUCAGAGAACUCCCUCUAAAUUGGCAUCAUAUAAUGAUGUCAUUUUGACACAGUGACGGGGGAGUGAAUGACUUUGCGAUUGGCUCAGUGUAGCCAAUCACUUGCCUCUUCUGUGUACAGACCUGUUGCUGUAAACUGCUUAGUUAAGGAGCCGGGAAGGCUAUUACAGGAAGUAUUUGGCAAUUAAAUAUGUGGCAAAAUAAAUGAGAUGAGUCAUGGAUGAUUUCAUCUGAUGUAAGCAACAUGCAUAUUUCAGUAUGUGACACGAGGUUUGGAAAGCAUCUGAUUCACCCACCUUACCCAUACCGUCACCGUGUAGCUGUGAUUGACACUGCAGUCUGUGUGAUUAAUUAACCUGUGACAGAGUAGAUUGCUUUUUAGGUAGUCACCCAGCUUCCGACUGCCAAACUGGCGACAUUAGCAUACACAGAGCUGUGAUUGGCACACCUGGUGUUAAAUGUGUGUGUGUGUGUGUGUGUGUGUGUGUGUGUGUGUGUGUGUGUCCGUCCAUCCAUGCAUGAGUGGUGCGUCGGCGGAGCUAUGAAUGGGCAGAGAGGGGUGUGCUCUCAUAGACACCAUAGCAGCAGUGAGAUGAGGAGUGCCAUCCACUCCACUGCACGUCUGUGCUGAGAGAAGAAAAGAGAGGGAAGAGGGAGAAGAGGAGCCAGUUUUCCAAAAUACAUCAUCCGCCCUAUCAAGCCAUCAGCACUGACUUUCUCCUGAGAUUCAAGUCGACCAUGGAGCAGAAGACAAAUGAGUCUCCCACCACCACGUCUCCUCAGAAGCAGAUGAAGAACAGGUCUAAAUCUAUAGAGGAGACGCAACAGUCAAAGAAGGCCUUUUCCUCACAAAAAUCCCUCCCAUGCAGACCAGAGCUGGACAGAGUGAAGGAGAUUCCCGAUGGCUCUGACACGCCUUCGUCCUCCACCGAGCAAUUAAAAUGAUGAAUGAAUUUUAAAUAGCUCAGUAGGGUUACAAUGAUGUUACAUCAUAAAAAUCAUACAUCAUAAAAAACAACCUUCAUAAAGAUGUUAAUGUGCACACAGGGAGACACACAACAUAUAAACAUAAUAUUAAACUAGAUAGGAAUGCAUCCCCGUGGUUCAUGUAUCAUCAGAGAAAUUGCAUUACACAUGGCAGGACCUGAUUUGAACACACACACACACACACCAAGACAAUCGCAUGAAAACAAAACAACACCCAUGAUGACUUUUACUGUACUGUGUUUGUGUGUACAUACCAACUUGAAUGUGUAUUGACAUUAAAGUGAUGCUGUUCAGUGAACU